GUCACGCUGUCUUCAAUGAGAAACCGGCGAGCUGAGUACAAAGCUAGCUUGCUGCCUUAUGCAGUUGUAGGGGAUAAUGAAUUAACCAUCCAGCGACUGAACUGUUUUCAAAUAAGUAAAGGGUUUUGUAUUAUUAACUGCAUUCUGUAAUUAGUUCAUUCUGUAAGUCACGUUACAAAGUAAGAUAAGAUGUCUGUGGUGGGAUUCGACGUUGGUUAUUUGAACUGCUAUAUUGCAGUAGCCCGAGCGGGGGGAAUUGAGACGAUAGCUAAUGAGUACAGCGACCGAUGUACACCAGCAUGUGUUGCCUUUGGGCCACGAAAUCGCUCCAUCGGUGCUGCCGCAAAAGGCCAGAUCGUUACUCCAAACUCCAAGAACACGGUCCAGGGCUUUAAGCGGUUCCAUGGCAGGGCCUUUUCAGAUCCAUAUGUUCAGGGUCAGAAAUCCAGCCUGGUUUAUGAUCUCGCCCAGAUGCCCACAGGGACAACUGGCAUCAAGGUGAUGUACAUGGAAGAGGAGAAGGUCUUCAGCAUCGAACAGGUUACUGCCAUGCUUCUGACCAAGAUGAAAGAGACGGCUGAAAGUGCUCUGAAAAAGCCUGUUGGAGACUGUGUUAUAUCUAUCCCAAGUUUCUAUACUGAUGCUGAGAGGAGAUCUGUUGUAGAUGCUGCACAAAUAGCUGGCCUCAACUGCUUGCGCCUCAUGAAUGAAACCACUGCAGUUUCUUUGGCGUAUGGCAUUUAUAAGCAGGACCUGCCGAACCCUGAGGAGAAAGCCAGAACUGUGGUGUUCGUGGACCUGGGGCACUCCGCCUACCAGGUGUCUGUGUGUGCUUUCAACAAAGGCAAGCUGAAGGUCCUUGCAACUGCCUCUGACUCUCAACUUGGAGGCAAGGACUUUGAUGAGGUCCUGGUGAACCACUUCUGUGUGGAAUUUGGUAAAAAGUACAAACUGGAUGUCAAGUCUAAGCCAAGGGCCCUGGUGCGUCUCUAUCAGGAGUGUGAGAAACUGAAAAAACUCAUGAGUGCCAACUCCUCUGACCUCCCUCUCAACAUCGAGUGCUUCAUGAAUGACAUUGAUGUCUCCGGCAAGUUGAACAGGGGUCACUUUGAAGAAAUGUGUGCAGACCUUCUGACCAAAGUCGAGGCCCCCCUGCAAAGUGUACUGGAUCAAGCGAACUUGAAGAAUGAGGACAUAUAUGCAGUGGAAAUUGUGGGUGGAGCCUCCAGAAUCCCUGCGGUCAAAGAGCGAAUCAGCAAAUUCUUCGGAAAGGAGCUGAGCACGACUCUAAAUGCAGACGAGGCGGUGGCCAGAGGAUGCGCACUACAGUGCGCCAUCUUGUCUCCUGCUUUCAAAGUCCGUGAGUUCUCCAUUACUGAUGUGGUUCCCUUCCCAAUCUCUCUUAAAUGGAACUCUGCUGCUGAGGAAGGAAUGAGUGAUUGUGAAGUGUUCCCAAAGAACCACGCUGCCCCGUUCUCCAAAGUAUUGACCUUCUACCGAAAGGAGCCUUUCUCCCUUGAAGCUUAUUACAACUGCCCCAAGGAUCUGCCUUUUCCAGACCCCACCAUAGGCCAGUAUGUGAUCCAGAAGGUGGUCCCUCAGGCCACAGGUGAGAGUUCAAAGGUCAAAGUUAAAGUGCGCAUGAAUGUCCACGGCAUCUUCAGCGUGUCCAGCGCGUCACUGGUGGAGUUGCAGAAAUCGGAGGAAGGAGAAGAGCCGAUGGACACGGAACAGACCAGCGAAAAGGAGGAAGAGAGCAAAAUGCAGACUGAUCCUGAAGACACAAAGGCCCAAGGUGACAGCCAGACAGAGAAUGAGGAGAAAAAAGCUGACGCGGAGGAAAUGGAGACCACAACAGCAGAGGAAGGUAAACAAGAAAAGAAAGCCGACCAGCCCCCGCAGGCCAAGAAGCCUAAAGUAAAGACAAAAAUACAUGAGCUUCCUAUCGAGAACAGUCCCCAGUGGCAGCUGGCCAUUGACAUGCUGAACCUCUUUGUCGAAAAUGAGGGUAAGAUGAUCAUGCAGGACAAGCUGGAGAAAGAGCGUAACGACGCAAAGAACACCGUAGAGGAGUAUGUUUACGACAUGCGGGACAAGAUGCACGGGCUGUAUGAGAAGUUCAUCGUCGAGAGCGAUCGGGAUACUUUCUCUGUUAAGCUGGAGGACACGGAGAACUGGCUGUAUGAGGAGGGAGAAGACCAGCCAAAACAGGUGUACAUCGACAAGCUUGCCGAUCUUAAGAAACUUGGACAGCCGGUUCAAGACAGAUACAUGGAAUCUGAGCUGCGACCAAGAGCAUUUGAGGAGCUCGGCAAACAGAUUCAGCAGUACAUGAAGAUCAUUGAAGCCUUCAAAACUAAGGAGGAGCAGUAUGACCAUCUGGAUGAGGCAGAAGUGGAGAAAGCGGACAAGUUCCUGGGUGAGGCCAUGAUCUGGAUGAACAGCAAAAUGAACCAGCAGAGUAAACAGAGCCUGUCUGUGGAUCCAGCUGUGAAAGUUACAGACAUACAAUCAAAAACAAAGGAACUGUAUUCUGCCUGUAAUUCAAUUUUGACCAAACCCAAGCCAAAAGUGGAGGCGCCCAAGGACGACAAGGCCCCAGAGGAGAAUGGACCAGUCAACGGGCAGGAGGCUAACGAGACCCAGCAACCCGGCUCCGAAAACCCUAGCGCCGAAGGCACAGAGUCGAAGGACGUCAAACCCGACAUGGAUCUUGACUGAAGCGGGAUUCCCUUCUCUCUCUCUCUCUCUCUCUCUCUUCAUGUUUCCCCAGAAAUGUUGCUCUUUAGUCAUUCCACCA